UGAAUCGUCACCACGCGAGUUGUCAGUCAGCUGUUUAUUUCCAUAUUCGCCUUGUGAUGUUAUUUUGUGCGCCGUCUGCGUGGAGUUGCAAAACCGAUUGUAAGAUGUUUGUUGAAGAUGCCUGUGAAGAACUUUGCACUAUGAGCAAAGACUCUCACGUGUGAGUGUGCGUCUCCCAAUCGGGAAGAGUGCACCGCAUGCUCUGUCAAAUCUAGGAUAAAGCAGUUUAUGGAAAUCAUUUUUUGGAAGUAAUUGAUUUAUGUUUUUAUUGCGGAGUGAUCUGGAGCAAGCAUGUCAGCGCAUCUCGAACCUCAAGUCAUGCUUUAACUUUUAAAAACAGUCAUGGAGGAGCUGGACCCGGAGGAGCAGUUCCUCAGGGAUGCCAGGAACGGGAACCUCGAAGGAAUCCAGAAGCUUUUGAUGUCCAAGAUAAAGGAGGAGGUCAAAAUCGACAUCAACUGCAAGGGCAAAAGCAAAUCUAAUCAUGGCUGGACUCCUCUUCAUCUGGCCUGCUACUUGGGCACAAAGGUUGUUGAGGCCUUACUGAAGGCUGGAGCAGAUGCCAAUUUGCCAAAUAAUGUCGGAGACACACCUCUCCAUAAAGCAGCAUUCACCGGGAGAAAAGAGGUUGUAAUGUUGCUUCUUCAGUAUGACGCUUGCCCUUCUGUCAUCAAUGGCAUGGCCCACAUACCUAAAGACAUUACCCAGAGUGCUGAGAUUAAAAGCAUGUUGGAGGCUGCUGAGCGGACUGAAGAGAGGAAACUAGAGGAGCAGCUGCUGGAGGCGGCGAGGGAGGGAGCCAUAUCUACCCUCACAAGACUGCUAAACAUGAAGAAACCCCCAAACAUAAGCUGCACAGACUUGUUGGGCAACACGCCGCUGCACUGCGCCGCUUACAGGGGCCAGAAACAGUGUGCCGUCAAGCUCAUGCAGCACAAGGCCAACCCCAACAUCAAGAACAAAAUCGAUCAGACUGUUUUUGAUUUGGCUAACGAUGUUGAAAUGAAGCAGAUCAUUACAGGAAAUGUUAUGAAAGGCAUGACGCGACAUGUUAAAAUGUUUGAGGGGCCUCUUUGGAAGAGCUCAAGGUUUUUUGGCUGGCGCUCCUACUGGGUAGUUCUUCAGGACGGAGUCUUGUCAUGGUACCCUAAACAGUCAGAUGCAGAUUCAAACACUCACCGGCAAGGUUGCAAACCACUAACACAAGCGCAGAGCAUGAUUAAAGCGAAAGAUAACUGUUAUUUCACAGUCAGGUGCUUUGACGACACUGUUCACCAUUUCAAAGUGUCACAGAAGAACGACCCUGAAUCUACCAGAAAAAGGUGGCUGGAGGCCAUAGAGGAGCAUUCAGCCUUCAGCACUCAUUACUGCUCACAGGACCCAGACAGCGAGGAAGAGGAAGACAACGUCGUGUCUGUGCAUGAGCUUUCUGACUCACUUCAGCGGGCCGAGGCGUGCCAUCAGAAACUGGAGACGGAGGUGUUGGCCCUCCUGUCCAUGGUGAAAGAAGAUGGCCUGGCAGAACGAGUCCCUGCAGCAGUCGUUCAGAAGCUGAAGGAGGUCUGUGAAGCCUCCAGUGAAACCUGCUCCUCACUGCACCAGUGUCUGGGGUUUUUUUCCAGACAGGAAGGAGCGCGCAGUUUGAAACUGGAGCAGGAGCUGGAGAAGAAUAAAAUCCUGUCGGAGGCUCUGCAGACGCUGGCCACUGAACAUCAUGAGCUGGAGCAGUCGGUGGUUAAAGGCUCGUCGCCCCGCAGCGUCCUCAGCGAAGACGAGUUCCACGACGCUCUGUCGGAUUCGGACUCUGAGCCUGCGCUGAGCAGUUGUGAAACAGCCAGCCAUUCGUACGAAGACGGAAAGGACUUCAAUUCCGAGCUCUACUGCAGCAUUUCAAGCAAUAUCACCCGCAAAAUACCGCCAUUCCACAGGACAAGCUUACCAGCCCCCAUGUUCUCCAGAAAUGACUUCAGCAUCUGGAGCAUACUGAGGAAGUGCAUUGGGAUGGAGCUGUCUAAGAUCACCAUGCCUGUUAUUUUUAAUGAGCCUCUGAGCUUUCUACAAAGAUUAACAGAAUAUAUGGAGCACACGUACCUCAUCCAUCAGGCUAAUGCUUCAGACGACUCUAUUGAGAGAAUGAAGUCUGUGGCCGCGUUUGCCGUAUCAGCUGUGGCAUCUCAGUGGGAAAGGACGGGUAAACCCUUCAACCCCCUGCUAGGAGAAACGUACGAGUUAGUCAGGGAUGAUCUUGGUUUCCGGCUGAUAUCAGAACAAGUGAGCCACCAUCCUCCUGUCAGCGCCUUCCAUGCAGAGGGUUUGCAGAAGGACUUUGUGUUUCAUGGCUCCAUCUACCCCAAACUGAAGUUCUGGGGCAAAAGCGUGGAGGCCGAACCUAAGGGCAUCAUCACUCUAGAACUUCCCAAGCAUAAUGAGGCAUACACAUGGACGAACCCCACGUGCUGUGUCCACAACAUCAUCGUAGGACAGCUGUGGAUCGAACAGUACGGCAGUGUGGAGGUUAUCAACCACAGAACUGGUGAAAAAUGCUGUCUGAGUUUCAAACCAUGUGGGCUUUUUGGGAAGGAAUUACAUAAGGUUGAAGGCUACAUCCUGGACAAGAGCAAAAAGAAAGUGUACAAUCUUUAUGGGAAAUGGACGGAAUGCAUGUACAUAGUAGACCCAGCUACAUUUGAAACUUACAGGAAGAAUGAUAAGAAAGCAUCAGAAGACAAGAAAAGCAGUAAACAGGCAUCAGACUCUGAAGAAACACCUCAGCCAGGUGGAGAUUCACUAGAGGUUAUCCCAGGAAGUCAGUUGCUCUGGAGAAUAGCACCUAGACCAGUAAACUCUGCCCAGAUGUACAACUUCACUACAUUCGCAAUGCAGCUCAAUGAGCUGGACAAAGAGAUUGAAGCGGUCAUCCCAAAAACGGACAGCAGACUGAGGCCGGACAUACGAGCCAUGGAGAACGGAGACAUCGACCUGGCCAGUGAGGAGAAGAAGAGAUUGGAGGAGAAGCAGAGGGCGGCACGUAAGAACCGCUCAAAGUCGGAUGAUGAGUGGAAGAUGAGGUGGUUUCAUCAAGGUCCAAAUCCACACAACGGCUCUCAGGACUGGCUGUUCUCCAAUGGUUACUGGGACCGUGAUUAUUCCCAGUUACCAGACAUCUACUGACCUGCAGGAACCUAUUAAUAGUCAAGACUACCCAUAAUGUAACUAUAAAACUGUGCACCCUGUGCUGGUUGGCCAGGUGAACAUUUCAAAUAUCAUAAAUAAUACAUUGUUUCAAGAAAGAACUUUAUUUAAGCUCACUAAAUUUAGUUUUACACUUUCAUAUUUAAAUGCAUAUGUAAUAAUCAAGGGUUUUAGAAACUACAGAUUGUGACAUAUCAUGAAGAUGAUAAUCACAAGUUGGGCUUGAUACAAUAAUAUCAGUGUACUGUAAUGGCAAUAAUGGUUCUGUUUUAGUCAUAUGCAUUUUAAAAAAAAAAAAAAAGAUUUAUUAACUAUGGUAGAUUUUGGGUGUCCCCCAAGGCUCAAGUCUGAGUCCCUUUUGGUUUCAGUUCAUUGGCUUAAAAAUCAACUUGACAUUUCUUGAGUUGGAACAUUCCCACUGUGUUGAGUGUGGAAUGUGGUAUAAAACAACUGGUUGUGAAAAUAACUUAUACGUUUGGAAUCUAACUUUUUAAAAUUCAGAGUUUCUAUUCUCCACAUACAAUACAGUAUUAGGACAGUGUGUCUAUUUCUGCUGCUCUUUCUGUUGUGAUGUUGAUUUUUAUUUAGAGAGAUGCCCUCUGUGGUUAGCACCACAGUGUUACUGAAUAUUGAAUAUAUUAUAUAUACCUAAUAUAUUGACUAAUGUCUUUUGAUAUAUUAUAAUAUAGCAAUCAUUUUAAUUAUGUAUUUAUCAUGAGUUAGUUAUUCAUCUAUUUUUACAUUUUAAAAGUAUAAAGGUGGUCAGAAACAUGAAGCUGUAAUGACCACUUGAUGCGGUCUACUUUUAACCCCAUUAUCAGUUUAUUUUCUGUGUUACAUGUGUGUAUAUUUUCUUAUCAAAACAAAAAUGCCUACAGAUGAUGAGCAGAUUAAUUCUUCGCAUAAAAGGCAUUAAAUACUGUAUUUAGAUCCACAUCUAAAAAAUAAAAACCUAAAAAAAAAAAAAAAAAAAAA